AUGCCUUUCGAACUCAACUUUCCCCCUCACACCGGCAACGGGUUUGUCCCCACUGUCCGCCAUGACACAUAUCCCGCCAUCGACCCCGCCAAGGCAAAUUUCGCUGGCAAAGUUGUCCUCGUCACCGGCGCAUCCAAAGGCAUCGGGAAGACCAUCGCAAUAUCGUUCGCCCAGGCCGGUGCCACUGGUCUGGUCCUCCUCGCCCGCUCCGAUUUGAGCGCUACGGAAGCGGCCUGCAAGACAGCCCAGCGCCCUGGGCAGUCGCUCGCAGUAUUGUCCCUGUCCGUGGACAUCAGCGACCCUGCUCAAGUCACUGGUGCGUUGGCCAAGGUCAAGGAGACAUUUGGGCAGCUGGAUGUUAUUGUGAAUAAUGCGGGAUAUCGGGAGCCGUAUGCGCUGAUUGGGGACUCGGAAUCUGAGUCGUGGUGGCGCACGUGGGAGGUGAACAUCCGAGGGACGUAUGAGGUUACUCGGGCGUCGCUACCGCUGCUCGUUGAGUGUGACGGAUCCAAGACGGUCAUUAUUGUCACUAGCCGAGCCGCACUCGGUGCAGUCCAGUCGCAGCUCUCUGCAUAUGUAAUGAGUAAGCUCGCCCAGCUUCGCUUUGCGGAGCUCAUCGUAAGCGAGUACGCCGACAAGGGAGUUGUCGCACAUUCUGUUCAACCCGGUGUCAUCUUAACUGAUAUGGCCGCUGACUUCCCUGAGGACCUGAAGCACUUAAUUGUUGACACACCUGAGAUCGCUGCGCACACGAUUGUCUGGCUUGCUCGAGAGCGCAGGGAAUGGCUGUCCGGCCGAUAUGUGAGCAGCCAGUGGGAUGUCGAGGAGCUGGAGGCAAAGAGACAGGAAAUUGUUGAUGGUGACAAGCUGAAAAUCAGGAUGGCAAUCUAA